CGAAAAAAUAAGCCCUGUCCGUUUUAAGAUCAACCAAUUCGUCCCAAGACUCCCCAUUUCCACCUUCUUUCACCUUUCUUGGCCUGUGUGGUUGAAUCUCCGCUUCUUUGUCCGUCCCUCCGUCUCCUUUCCUCCGGCCUACAAUCACCCUCGGACUGAAUUUCGCCUAUCGCAUCCUGAAACUCCCGCCACGACCUGAGUUUCGCACCCUCUCAACCUCAACCGCGCUCUGCGAAACUCACACCCACAUUCCCGGAGCCCGCUUGGCUCAAUCAACACCCCAGUUCCCCUCGCCAGGAAUUCGCAAGGGGCAUUGCCAUCGAAACGAUUGAUAGCCCGAGGCAUUAGCGGCCAUCAUGUCGUAUAAUCGUUUGGGAGACGCCUAUGGGGAGGAGGAAACGCACACCCCCAUGAUGAACCCACACCACUUGAAUACCCGGUCACCAUCACCGGGUCGGCCCUUGAAUGCUUACCAGUUGUCGGAUAAUCCUUAUCCACAGGAGCAUCUUGAGAUGCCCUCUAGCGAUCGACUAGCCGAGCAACCAACGUACUCCGUCGAACGACUUCCCAAUUCCUACGGUCAUAACGAGGCCUACGAGCACCACCAACCGCAGGCUUACCCUGGUUAUGAUUAUUCGAUCGACCCCGAAGCACACCACGAUGCUUACUAUACCCAGCCCUAUCACCCAGCAGUGAUACCAGCGGAGGAUGAUUAUGAUCUCGGACAAUACCCGGAGCAUCAACCUCAGCAUCAGCAUACUUACAGCGAUGACCAUGUACCCAUCCUGCAACCGGACAACCCCUUCGGGCCGGACCCAUACAGCGAUGAAUACGAGGAGGACCCUACGCUUGCCCACACUCACACCCCCAGCCCGGUGCCUGUGCGACGAUGGAAGACAGUGAAGGAAGUCCAGCUAUUCAAUGGAAACCUCGUACUGGACUGUCCGAUUGCGCCAAAGCUGCUCAGCCAAGUACCGCACGCUGAGCCCCCGGGCCGUGACGAAUUUACCCACAUGCGUUAUUCGGCCGCCACUUGCGACCCGGCGGACUUCUUUGAGGAACGCUUUACUUUACGGCAGAAGCUUUUUGCUAAGCCCCGGCACACGGAACUGUUCAUCGCUGUUACUAUGUACAAUGAGGAUGAUUUCCUCUUUGCGCGAACGAUGAUCGGCGUGUUCAAGAAUAUUGAGUACAUGUGCUCGAGGACGAGUAGCAAGACCUGGGGUAAGGAUGCCUGGAAGAAAAUCGUGGUUUGCGUGAUUAGUGACGGGCGUGCGAAAAUCAACCCGCGUACGCGUGCUGUUCUGGCCGGUCUCGGUUGCUAUCAAGAUGGCAUUGCCAAACAGCAGGUCAAUGGCAAGGAUGUAACAGCACAUAUUUACGAGUACACGACCCAGGUCGGGUUGGAGUUGAAGGGCACUCAGGUUCACCUCAAGGCCCGGACCGGUGUUCCGGUUCAAAUGAUUUUCUGUCUGAAGGAGAAGAACCAGAAGAAAAUCAACUCCCACCGGUGGUUCUUUCAGGCAUUUGGUCGCGUGCUGGACCCCAAUAUUUGUGUCUUGCUUGACGCUGGUACUCGCCCGGGAAAGGACUCGAUCUACCAUCUCUGGAAAGCCUUCGACGUUAAUCCCAUGUGCGGUGGCGCUUGUGGUGAGAUCAAGGUCAUGUUGGACAAAGGCAAAAAGCUACUUAAUCCUCUGGUCGCCGGACAGAAUUUCGAGUACAAGCUCAGUAACAUUCUGGACAAGCCUUUGGAGUCUGCGUUUGGGUUCAUCAGUGUUCUACCUGGUGCUUUUUCGGCCUAUCGAUACGUUGCGCUGCAGAAUGAUAAGAACGGGCAAGGUCCGCUGGAGCGCUACUUUGCCGGUGAGAAGAUGCACGGUGCUAAUGCCGGUAUCUUCACGGCGAAUAUGUACCUCGCUGAGGACCGAAUCCUUUGUUUCGAGCUGGUGUCCAAACGCAAUUGUCGAUGGUUGUUGCAGUAUGUCAAGUCUUCCACUGGUGAGACUGAUGUGCCCGAUCGAAUGGCAGAAUUUAUUCUGCAGCGUCGGCGCUGGCUAAACGGUAGUUUCUUCGCUGCGGUCUACGCCAUUGCCCACUUUUAUCAGCUCUGGCGGAGUGACCACAGCUUUAUGCGAAAGUUCAUGCUUUUGAUCGAAUUCAUUUACCAAACGAUCAACAUGCUUUUCGCUUGGUUCGGGAUUGGCAAUUUCUUCUUGGUGUUCAAGAUUCUCACUUCGUACCUGGGAGACUCCUCACUCUUGGGCACGGUGGGUAAGAUUCUUGGCGUGGUAUUCGAGUGGUUAUACCUGGCGACAUUAGUGACAUGCUUCGUCCUCGCGUUGGGUAAUCGACCGGGUGGUUCGAACAAGUUCUAUAUGACGAUGGUCUACUUCUGGAUUUGCAUUAUGAUCUAUCUGGCAUUUGCAGCCAUAUUUGUCACGGUAAAAUCGAUUGAAGAGCAAGUCAAGGAGAAUAGCUUUACCUUUUCCGACCUAUUCACCAAUUACCAGUUCUUUUCGAUCAUCGUCUCGCUCGGCUCAACAUACGUGAUGUGGUUCCUUGCGUCCUUCAUAUUCCUCGAUCCCUGGCACAUGUUCACCAGUUUUCUCCAAUACAUUCUGCUCACGCCAACCUACAUCAACGUCCUUAACAUCUACGCCUUCUGCAAUACUCAUGACAUUACGUGGGGAACAAAAGGUGAUGACAAAGCCGAGAAAUUGCCUUCGGCGAAUCUGAAGCCCGGCGGCAAGGUCGACGUCAACAUUCCACAAGACGACGGGGACCUCAAUGCUCAAUACGAGGCCGAAUUGGCUAAGUUCGCGGUCAAGCCACCCAAGGAAGUACCAAACAUCUCGGAAGAAGAUCGUCAGGCGGAUUACUACAAGGGGUUCCGCAGUGCGGUCGUCUUGGCCUGGGUGUUCUGCAACUUUGCUCUGGCAGCGGUGGUGCUGAGCGCUGCAGGCCUGGAGACGUUCGACAGCGACACGGAGGCGACGCAGAACACGCGCGCCACGAUCUACAUGUCGGUCGUUCUGUGGAGUGUAGCAGGGUUGUCGAUCUUCAAAUUCAUCGGCGCAAUGUGGUAUUUGGUUGUGCGAAUGUUCCGCGGAGAGUAAGUCGAGUUCUGCAAUUGAUGUAUUGUUACGAUGCUCCCUGGUAUGCCGCUGGCGGUGGUAUGAUCUGACGAAAGAGACAAACAAUAUUGGAUGGUUCAUGAUUUGAUGCACGCAUACUGUAUUGUACACUUUCUCGACUUGUGAGUCGAAUGUUUUGAUGCUUGGGACGGAGAUGAUGUAUGUAGACCAUGUAAAUCGAAUGACAAUGACAAGGAAG